AGGUCAAUUUUCCAUUCUCCCAAACCCUCUGACAAGCACCAUGGCCGUCACCCAGUUCACCACCUCGCCAACCCGGCAACAUUACGAUGUGGUCAUCGUAGGAGGUGCUACCAGUGGAUCUUCCAUUGCCUGGCAUCUCAGUCAAAACCCAGACUUCAAAGGCUCCGUGCUGGUGGUCGAACGGGACCCUUCUCUGCAAUAUUCCGCCACCAAGGCGAGCAACAACUGCAUGCGACAGCAAUUUGCGACCCCGAUCAACGUGCAAAUCGCCCAAUAUGCCGCCGAUUUCGUGAAAAGAUACGGUGACGAGUUCGGUCCCGAUCCUUGCGUUCCCAAUCCUCCGAUCCGCCAGUUUGGCUAUCUCUACUUGUCUGAUUCGCCUGCAUUCACAGAGAUUCUGAAGAAGGACCAACAGCUCCAAGAGAGUUGUGGUGCAGCCACUGCGAUCCUCUCAGCUGCCGAUGUGAAAAGCAAGUACGGGUGGUUCAACAUCGAGGAUAUCCACUCUGGUAGCCUCAACACCAAAGACGAGGGCUGUUUCAACGCGUUUGGCAUGGUGGAAUGGAUGCGGCGAACGGCCUGCGAGAGUACUCGCGAGGCCACCUGGGUCGAAUACAUCGACAAUGAAGUGGUCGCUAUGGCUGUUGAUCAAGGUCGGAUCAAUUCCAUCACCUUACGCAGUGGAGAGGAGAUUACGACUAGCAAUGUCGUCAACGCCGCGGGAACCCGUGCUGCUCAGGUCGCCGGGCUGGCUGGCGUUCGGCUCCCCAUCGAAGCGCGCCCGCGGUAUACGUACAUCUUCGAAGUCGAUGAGCCACUGCCUCACGACCUGCCGCUGACGAUUGAUCCGUCGGGCGUGCAUUUCCGCUCUUAUGCUGCGAAGAACUACCUGGUGGGCUGCCCGCCAAUUGGUCCCGACCAUGCGGUGGAUGUGGAUGACUUCAGCUUUGCCGAAGAUGCCUGGAAGGACAAGAUCUUCCCCAUCAUUUCCAACCGUGUUCCCGGGUUCAAGUCGGCUCGGGUCACUGAUUCAUGGAUGGGUCACUACGAGUUCAACACGUUCGACUGCAACGCCAUUGUUGGGCCUCACGAUAAUAUCAGCAACCUGUUCUUCUGUGCUGGAUUCUCGGGACAUGGCAGUCAGCAGGCCCCCGCAUGCGGACGGGCAAUUUCUGAGCUGAUCGUCCAUGGCAAGUUCAUGACCUUGGAUCUGGGAGUGUUAUCAUAUUCGCGAAUUCCUCUAGGUCGGCCUCUGACGGAGCGGGCGGUUAUCUAAUGGGAGGUCUACGAGGCUGCGAGCGUGCUGUAAACUGGACUCCUAUAUAGACGGAGAGAAGAAGUUGAGCAGUCAUCAACCAUCUUCCACAUAUAGUAGAAAUGUCAUAACAUUUUAUUAAGCCAUUUUUUACCAGAACGAGAACCUUCUUGCACGGAUCAGUCAGCCCGGAGUCAUUAGGUUCAAAUAUAGAGCCACUUUGUCAAAGAUACAAAGAUAGUGACUACUGUAUGUUACUAUGUGUAAACACCCCCCAGAGAGUAUGAGAGUAAUGUGGGUAUUUGCAAUGCAAUGCUUGGUUAUUUUCUGUCUUGAGGGAUACUCAACUUCUUAAAUAUUGC